AGGAAAUUCUAGGGCACACACGGCGGGUUUUCGGCGUGCGAGUCUACAGUCGUCGUCGCAUCGUGAGAGCUUCAUUUUGUUCCUUUCUCUCUCCAUAUUCCAUCCACACAGACCCCGGUCCACCACAGUCACAAGAUGCCUCCCAAGAAGACCACCCCCGCGAAGGAGAACGUCUCUCUCGGCCCUCUGGCCGGAGAUGGCAAGCUCGUUUUCGGCGUUGCCCGUAUCUUCGCCUCCUUCAACGACACCUUCGUCCACGUUACCGAUCUGAGUGGUCGCGAAACCAUCACCCGUGUCACCGGUGGUAUGAAGGUCAAGGCUGACCGUGACGAGUCCUCUCCCUACGCUGCCAUGUUGGCUGCUCAGGAUGUUGCUGCUCGUUGCAAGGAGCUUGGCAUCAACGCCCUCCACAUCAAGAUCCGUGCCACUGGUGGUAACGGCACCAAGACCCCCGGACCCGGUGCCCAGUCUGCUCUCCGUGCUCUUGCCCGUUCCGGUAUGCGCAUUGGAAGAAUCGAGGACGUGACCCCCACGCCCUCCGACUCUACCCGCCGCAAGGGUGGUCGCCGUGGUCGUCGUCUGUAAACAUGUGCGCUACACUUCAUCAAGCACCUUCUGUAUCUCUAUUACAGUUGGUCCUUGGUCGGAUUGGAGGGUACAUGCGGGCUGCGCCUGCGAAUGUGGAUGGAAUAAACGCGAAGAACGGCAUUUUCGCCUGGUCUUCUCUUUUCCUUUUCCAAAAGGUCUAUUCUCAGUUUUGGGCAUUCUGUAGCUUGCCUGUAUGACACCAGCUAUAUGAACGAUUAAUGAAGAACUGAACUGAGAGCAAAACAUUUCUCCUCUCGUAGAUUCAUUAACUAAAUGACAAAUUUCUAGCGAAUCAACAC